AUUUAAUCAAGUUACACACAAUUGGUGCCUUUUGAUAAUCAGUAAGUUAGUAUUUGAUGAGAAAAUGAACACGAAUAAAGUGCAGGUUGGCAAGGAAAAUCCUUUAGACCGAAAGAAUCAGAUAUCAAACCAGCAACAACAAUUUAAAACGGCAGUUUUAACGAGUAAUAAUCAAUCGAAUGUAAUUAAGAAUCCAAAUCACUUGAAUAUAAGGCCUAUCCAAAAGACAUCAAAUGAUCAUCCCCCACAACAGCUUUCAGGACAGUAUCAAAUGGGCCAAACCCAACCGAAUAAAAAGGCAUGGUCAUUAGUUAAUUUUGAUAUUGGAAGGCCUUUGGGUCGUGGAAAGUUUGGAAACGUCUAUUUAGCGAGAGAAAAGGAAACGAAAUUUGUGAUUGCUUUAAAAGUACUGUUCAAAAAGCAAAUAGCUGAUCAAGGAAUUGAGCAUCAAGUACGACGAGAAAUUGAAAUCCAAAGUCAUUUGAGACAUCCGAAUAUUUUGAGAAUGUAUGGAUUCUUUCAUGACGAUGCUCGUAUCUACUUGAUUCUAGAAUAUGCUCCAGGUGGAACCCUUUUUAAUGCAUUAAAGAACCAGCCAAAUCAUAGAUUUGAUGAAAAAAAGUCUGCAAAGUACAUAAAGUGCCUUGUUUCCGCCUUAAUUUAUUUGCACGAAAGAAAUGUUAUUCAUCGUGAUAUUAAGCCUGAAAAUCUCUUGCUUGGGAAUGAUGAUCAAUUGAAAAUUGCUGAUUUUGGAUGGUCUGUUCAUGAGCCAAAUUCUCAACGUACAACAUUGUGUGGAACUAUGGAUUAUUUAAGUCCAGAAAUGGUCCAAGGAAAGCCACACACAAAGAAUGUCGAUUUAUGGAGUAUUGGAGUAUUAGCCUAUGAAUUACUCGUUGGAUCAGCACCAUUCCAUCACGAGAAUUAUGACAAGACAUACCAGAAGAUUAUGCGUGUAGAAUAUGUCUUGCCGCAAUAUAUUAGCAAAGCAGCUGCUCAUUUAAUCAAAAGUCUCUUAGUCUUCAAUCCAGACAAACGAAUGCCGUUGGAUCAAGUUGCAAUACAUCCAUGGUUCACAUCCAAUAUUAAGUAAAUUAGUUUAGCUCAAAUGAUAAUCAACUGCCAAUAUUGGAUCUUUAAAAUAUGUACAUGGAAAUCGAUAAGGAUAGCAACUGAAGCUUAAAAAUGCAUUCUAAUCCUUUCAUUAUAUUUCUAAUUCCUUCAAAAUAAUCGUUUCUAAUACAAUUAAUAAGCC